AUGAGCGAAAUCGUAGAAUUCAACCCUGAAGGAGGGCGUCCAAGUGAAAACAUCCACCACCGGUGUCAUCCUUUGCAUUUAACCUGGCUGUCUGGAUUCAACCCACGCGUUCCACUGCUGAACGUCAGUGCCAGUCGUGAUCGGAAGGAGCUAGUGCUGGCAUCAGGAAACGUACUGCUGUUCUACUGUUACGAUGGAGAACGGGAAAAAGUCCACCCCGUCGUUGGGCACAAAAACGUCAUCAACAUGAUCGGUUGCGAAGGAAGCGGCCAGUUUGUGGUGAGUUCCGAUUGCUCCUACUGUAUCAACGUGUGGGAUCGGUUAUCUGGAGGCGAAGGACACCAACAUCCGGUUGCCAUCAGAACCAUCUUCGAACCGUUCAAGGCGAACGGGGCCAUCGGUGCGGUGGCGUUGAACCACGAGGGCAAGUACCUGUUGGCAGGAGGCGCAGAAGCGAACGGGACAUCAGGCAAUCAGCUAAAACUGUGGUCCUGGACGGUGGGAAACGAUUUUCCCGAUGAUACCAUCACGCUGCCGGAACGUCUCGGGCGCAUCAAAACCAUCAGCUUCUGUCCGGAUCGGGAACGAUGGAACCAAUUCGUAGUGACACUGGAGAGUGGAGUCGUGUUCGGGGCGUGGGACAGCAAGGAUCAGAAACUCUCAGUGCAAGUUCCAAAGCGCCACGGGUUCCAGGACUACAAUGACACUGUGUUUGUUGAGGGAACGGACCGGGCCGUAUCCGUAACAGGCGCUGGUAUGGCCGUACUUUGGAGCAACGACCGAAAGCCGUCGGAUGGAAGCGAUGGUAGCGUACUUCGUAAGGAGUUCCUUAAGUAUCUGCACCUGAAGUACGCGUCGAUCAAUGUGGUACGAUCGUGCGAUGAGAAGAUCGUCACCGGCGACGACGAUGGUGAGAUCCGGUUCUACGACAACGCCAUGAAAAUACUUUACUGGUUCAAGCAGGAAGACCUCGAACCGAUACGGACACUUUCCUUCGAGCUAGUGGAGACACGCCAGAGGAGAUUACCGAUAAAACCACCUGACGAAACCGAUAAUUUGGCCAACGAAGACGCGGGCCAGCGAAAGCCUCCUGAAGUUAACAUCGAAGAGAUCGCCCCAAAGGACGUUUCGUUCGAGGCUCGGCCGGUGAUCGUGCGUGGAUUCGUCUCGGCAACCAAGUCCGGAAAAAUCUAUGACAUCGACAUCGUGUUCAACAAAAUCCAGGAAUUGUUUCUGCAGUCGCCAAGCAUCAUCACGGCGUUUGAUGUACAUUCGGGCAGGUCAGAACUGUGCACGUGUGACGGAAACGGACGUAUAGUUGUGUACGAUCUGGCCACGAAAACGCUGAAAAAGUGUCUCGAUGUGCCGAUACAGCGAACUCGCCGGGGAAGGAUUACAACGCUCGCUUACUCGCCUUGUGGAACAUAUUUGGCCGGUGGCGCCGAAAACGGAUACCUUUGGCUGGUGGAACCGACGAUGAUGAUUCUGAGUGGUAGCAGUCCUUUGCAGUUUAGCGGGGAAAAGAUCCGCCAGGUGCUGUUUUCCGUGAACAGCAAACAUCUACUGUGUGUGGAGGAAAACAACACGAUCACGGUUCUCCAGCGUGAAAAGGACGAUUGGCAAGCGAUGGGACGAAGUGGUACUCACAGGCUGGUAGAUCUGGCGUUCCUCUGCGCCACCGACUUUGUGUCAAUCGGUGAGGAUCGGCACAUGGUACAGUACACGAUAAAUGGCGACGAAAUGGUACAAGUGGAAGCUCUCACGAUCGUGAAACGGAACCGGAUCGAGCAGUCUGCACUUCCGACCGCGUUACUUGUGUUUCCAGGAAGCGAUCAAAUCCUUGUGGCGAACGAUCAGCUCAAGUUCAAAUUGUUCCACCGCAGGACGUUCGAAAUUUUGCACACCUUUUUGGCACCGUUUCAUGAUGGUCCUGCCCGGUGUCUUAGGCUGCUACCGGGAGAAGAUUACUUUCUCUUCAUCACCAACAACAAUAUUUACCUGCACCAACUCCCGAUCGAUGGUAACCCGUUCAAGUAUCUCGCUGUCCGAGGACAUCCUAAGCGCCUGAAGGGACUGCAUGUUGGCUGGACUGUACGUAGUGCAUUCACUUUCGGAGAAGGCGAUCACGCGGUUAGUAUGUGGAAGAUUAACACCAGUCCGUUGUUAGAGAACCUCAAACAUGCCGGAAAUGGAUUGGAUCCGUUUUGUACGCUUCUACCGGGCGGUAAGAAGGGUUGUUACGUGCGUGAGAUUUUAAGCCUGUUCUUCUACAAUCAGAUCUCACCGAAGAACAGCGAUGGCGAUGCUGAGCUUACGCUUCGAGAUGCAAUGGACACACGAGACGUGCCGAAUUAUAUGCGCAGCAUAGGUUUCCACAUGAGCGAGUACGAGGAGAAGAACUUAUGCAAAGAGAUGGAUCUAUUUGGGACGUACUUUCUUACCUUUGAGGAGGUAACCAAGCUAUUCCUCAAUCACCGUACCGCCACCGGUGGACCACCAGCCGCUGAGGACAUCCGUGCAGCGGCCACUUACAUCGGUGCAUCAGCAUCCUUGGGUCGCAAGGUAGACCUUGAGCGAUUGAUAACGCAACUGGGGAACAUGGGCGAGCCGAUGGAGCCCAAAAUGUGUGAAUUUUACUGCAAGGUCCUUUUCCCGUCCGCCUUCGAGGCAAAGGAUGAAAGCAAAAACGAAUGCAGCGAUGUUCCAGAGAGCUCGGCCUGUAUAAGUAUUGAAGAGUUUGCUGAUAGGUUGUGCUAA